CUGGUCUCAAACUCCUGACUUCGUGAUUCGCCCCCCUGGGCCUCCCAAAGUGCUGGGAUUAUAGGCGUGAGUCGCCACGCCCGGCCUCCACAGCCACUCUUUAAGCCCCGUCCCUGAUGCAUCCUCCACUCAGCGCCCUCAUUCUAUCUUUCCAUAUUCAUCCCCACGUUCAAAUCCCUUAAUGCACAUUAUUGACCCCAGCCGAGAAGACCCUUCAUCCCCCGUCUGUCCCCUCCCUGAGGGGAACCCCAGUCACCCGUCCCGCCCCGUACAGGCGGGCUGAGUCAGGCGGCAGGAACUGGGCGGGGGGCGGCGCCGGGAGGAGCCAAAGCUGAGCCAGAGCCGCUGGGAGCGAGCUGGGAGCUCAGCCGGGCGGCUCUAAGUGGCCAGGGUCGGAGGUGCUGCGGGGGGUGAGCACAGGUCGGGUGCCGUCCCGGACCCACCAUGAACACCAAGAAGAGAGGGAGCCCCGCGCGGACUCACUCCAUGAUGUCCCUGUCCGUGCGGCCUCAGCGUCGCCUGCUCAGUGCCCGGGUCAAUAGGAGCCAGUCCUUCGCAGGCGUCCUCGGCAGCCACGAGCGGGGGCCCAGGAGCUUCCUGGUCUUCAGCCCGCCGGGGCCCCCACGGAAGCCCCCCGCCCUCUCCCGAGUAUCCAGGAUGUUUUCCGUGGCUCACCCAGCCCCCAAGGUGCCACAGCCCGAGCGGCUGGACCUGGUGUACACGGCGCUGAAGCGGGGUCUGACGGCCUACUUGGAAGUGCACCAGCAGGAGCAGGAGAAACUCCAGGGGCAGAUAAGGGAGUCCAAGAGGAAUUCCCGCCUGGGCUUCCUAUAUGAUCUGGACAAGCAAGUCAAGUCCAUUGAACGCUUCCUGCGACGACUGGAGUUCCAUGCCAGCAAGAUCGACGAGCUGUAUGAGGCAUACUGUGUCCAGCGGCGUCUGCGGGAUGGUGCCUACAACAUGGUCCGUGCUUAUACUACUGGGUCCCCUGGGAGCCGAGAGGCCCGGGACAGCCUGGCAGAGGCCACUCGGGGGCAUCGAGAGUACACGGAGAGCAUGUGUCUGCUGGAGAGCGAGCUGGAGGCACAGCUGGGCGAGUUUCAUCUCCGAAUGAAAGGGCUGGCUGGCUUCGCCAGGCUGUGUGUGGGUGAUCAGUAUGAGAUCUGCAUGAAAUAUGGGCGUCAGCGCUGGAAACUACGGGGCCGAAUUGAGGGUAGUGGAAAGCAGGUGUGGGACAGUGAAGAAACCAUCUUUCUUCCUCUGCUCACGGAAUUCCUGUCUAUCAAGGUUGUGGCUGUGGAUAUCAAUGACCUCGGCACCAUCAAGCUCAGCCUGGAAGUCACAUGGAGCCCCUUCGACAAGGAUGACCAGCCCUCAGCUGCUGCUUCUGUCAACAAGGCUUCCACAGUCACCAAGCGUUUCUCCACCUAUAGCCAGAGCCCACCAGACACACCCUCGCUUCGGGAACAGGCCUUCUAUAACAUGCUGCGACGGCAGGAGGAGCUGGAGAAUGGGACAGCAUGGUCUCUGUCUUCCGAAUCUUCAGAUGACUCAUCCAGCCCACAGCUCUCAGGCACUGCCCGCCACUCGUCAGCCCCUAGGCCCCUGGUGCAGCAGCCCGAGCCCCUUCCUAUCCAAGUUGCCUUCCGUAGGCCUGAGAUCCCUAGCUCUGGGUGCUUGGAUGAGGAGGGGGCUGUGGCCCCAAUCCUGGCAAAUGGGCAUGUGCCCUACAGUCGGACUCUGAGCCACAUCAGUGAGGCUAGUGUAGACGCUGCCUUGGCUGAGGCUUCAAUGGAGGCUGUGGGCCCAGAAAGUCUAGCCCAGGGACCUAGCCUACCUCUACACCCAGAUCCCACCCAUGGGGAGCACCCCAAUCCUGAUCCUCCUGCCCUGGACCCUGGCCACUCUGCCACAAGUUCUACCCCUGGUACAACAGGCUCUGUCCCCAUAUCCACAGACCCUGCCCCAUCUGCACACCUAGACUCAGUUCAUAAGGCCACAGACUCUGGCCCUUCAGAACUGCCAGGGCCCACUCAUACCACUACAGGCUCUACCUAUAGUGCCGUUACCCCAACUCACAGUGCUCCAAGCACCCCUGCUCACACUACUACAGGCUCCACCCACAAGCCCAUAAUCUCUACCCUUACUGCUACAGGCCCUACCCUCAAUAUCACAGGCCCAGUCCAGACUACCACAAGCCCCGCCCAGACUACCACAAGCCCCGCCCACAGCACAGCAAGCCCCCCUCAUCCUUCCACAAGCCCCACUCACACUUCCACAGGCCCCACCCAUGCCACAAGUCCCAUCUACACCACAAGUCCCACCCACAAAACCAGAAAGUCAACUCCCACCACUACAAGUUGUACCCCCAGUGCUAUCGCCCAGGUCCAGACUGCCACAAGCCCCACCCAUCCCACCACAAGCCCCACCCCUAUAAAUGUAAGUCCUUCUUCUCUAGAACUUGCUACCCUCCCCAGCCCUUCUGUACACUCAGACCCCACCCUCCCAGGCACUGACUCCUUUCCCUGUAGCCUGCCAGCCUCCAGUUCCUGCACUCAGCCAGACCCUAUAGCCCUCAGCACCUCCCACACAAGUCCUGCCCAUUCCAGUUGGAAACCUCUCACAAGCCCUGCCCCAGAUCCCCCAGAGCCAAUGGUUCAGAGCCUAAGCCCCACGCCCUCACCCCCAACCCCUGCACCCCAGCAUUCAGAACUUAGCGUGGCCAUGGUUGUCCAGACCCCAGUCCCAGGGGCAGCUGGAGGGACUGGGAACAGGAGGCUGGAGGAGGCACUGGGGGCCUUAAUGGCUGCCCUGGAUGACUACCGUGGCCAGUUUCCUGAGCUGCAGGGCCUGGAGCAGGAGGUGACCCGACUAGAGAGUCUGCUCAUGCAGAGGCAAGGCCUCACUCGCAGCCGGGCUUCCAGUCUCAGCAUCGCUGUGGAGCAUGCCUUGGAGAGCUUCAGCUUUCUCAAUGAAGACGAAGAUGAAGACAAUGAUGUUCCUGGGGACAGGCCCCCAAGCAGCACGGAGGCUGGGGCUGAGGACAGCAUAGAUUCACCCAGUGCCCACCCCCUCAGCACAGGGUGUCCAGCUCUGGACGCUGCCUUGGUCCAGCACCUAUACCACUGCAGUCGCCUCCUGCUGAAACUGGGCACAUUUGGGCCCCUGCGCUGCCAGGAGGCAUGGGCCCUGGAGCGGCUGCUGCGGGAAGCCCGAGUGCUGGAGGCCAUAUGCGAGUUCAGCAGAAGGUGGGAGACCCUGGCCACCUCUGCCCAGGAAGUGGUGCAGUUCUCAGCCUCUCGGCCUGGCUUUCUGACCUUCUGGGACCAAUGCACAGAGGGACUCAGCUGCUUCCUCUGCCCGGUGGAACGGGUGCUUCUCACCUUCUGCAACCAGUAUAGUGCCCGCCUCUCCCUGCGCCAGCCAGGCUUGGCUGAGGCUGUGUGUGUGAAGUUCCUGGAGGAUGCCCUGGGGCAGAAGCUGCCCAGAAGGCCCCAGCCAGGACCUGGAGAGCAGCUCACGGUCUUCCAGUUCUGGAGUUUUGUGGAAACCCUGGACAGCCCCUCCAUGGAGGCCUACGUGACCGAGACUGCCGAGGAAGUGUUAUUGGUGCGGAAUCUGAACUCAGAUGACCAGGCUGUUGUGCUGAAGGCCCUGAGAUUGGCGCCCGAGGGGCGUCUGCGAAGGGAUGGGCUGCGGGCUCUCAGCUCCCUUCUCGUCCAUGGCAACAACAAGGUCAUGGCUGCUGUCAGCACCCAGCUCCGGAGCCUGUCACUGGGCCCUGCCUUCCGGGAGAGGGCCCUCCUGUGCUUCCUGGACCAGCUGGAAGAUGAGGAUGUGCAGACUCGAGUGGCUGGCUGCCUGGCCCUGGGCUGCAUCAAGGCUCCUGAGGGCAUUGAGCCCCUGGUGUACCUCUGCCAGACGGACACAGAAGCUGUGAGGGAAGCUGCCCGGCAGAGCCUGCAGCAGUGUGGAGAAGAGGGACAGUCUGCCCAUCGACGGCUGGAGGAGUCCCUGGAUGCCCUGCCCCGCAUCUUUGGGCCUGGCAGCAUGGCCAGCACAGCAUUCUAAACUAUUCACCCACGGGUUCCUGGCACUCCUUCCCUCAACUUUCAGGGCUCACCAGGCACUGGCAAGGAGGGUAAGGGCUGCCUCCAGAUACCCCUCUCCCACAGAUUCCUAGCAAUGAAAAUCUAAUAUAUUCUUCUGUUGCCCCUGGGUUGGAGAGUCGGUGCCUGCAGUCAAGUGCCUCCCAGCCUCGGCUCAGCACAUCCCUUGCCAUAAAUCAGUGUCCGGGGCUUGGCCACCCUGCCUCUGCCCAGCCACAUCCCUUGGUUUUGUAUUUUAUUUACAGAGUUUUACAGAAAAUAAAAAAGCAAAAUGCCUUUCCUA